UCCGCCGUCCUGUGCGCUGAUUGGAUGGAUGCCCCAGAAAGGGCAGCCCCUCUUCUGUCUGGACCAAUUGAGUAUCUUACUCAAAGUCAUUGUACAGUCGGCCAUUGAAAGACUUCGCUUCUUCUGCGUGUCCACAAAGGAGGCAUUUCCGCUUCCGCCUGCCGGGUCUCCCGGGUGAGUUCCCGGAGGUUGACCUCUUCAGUGGGGUGACGCGCGAGGCGUGAUGGUUCCAAAGAGGAGAGGGGGAGCUCGCAGAGCUCGCGAGAGAGUCGGUGUGAAUGACAGAGGUGGUGCCAUCCAGCGCCCUCAGCGAGGUCAGCCUGCGCCUCCUCUGCCACGAUGACAUAGACACUGUGAAGCAUCUGUGUGGUGACUGGUUCCCUAUUGAGUACCCAGACUCAUGGUAUCGUGAUAUCACAUCCAACAAGAAGUUCUUCUCCCUUGCUGCAACCUACAGAGGUGCCAUCGUGGGAAUGAUAGUAGCUGAAAUUAAGAGCAGGACCAAAAUACAUAAAGAGGAUGGAGAUAUUCUAGCCUCCAGCUUCUCUGUUGACACACAAGUUGCAUAUAUUCUAAGUCUGGGAGUCGUGAAAGAAUUCAGAAAGCAUGGCAUAGGGUCCCUUUUACUUGAAAGUUUAAAGGACCACAUAUCCACCACAGCCCAGGACCACUGCAAAGCCAUCUACCUGCAUGUCCUCACCACCAACAACACCGCGAUUAACUUCUAUGAAAACAGAGACUUUAAGCAGCAUCACUACUUGCCCUAUUACUACUCCAUCCGAGGGGUUCUCAAAGAUGGCUUCACCUACGUCCUCUACAUUAAUGGCGGCCACCCUCCCUGGACCAUCCUGGAUUACAUCCAUCACCUGGGCUCAGCGCUAGCCAACCUGAGCCCCUGCUCCAUCCCACACAGAAUCUACCGCCAGGCCCACAGCCUGCUCUGCAGCUUCCUGCCAUGGUCUGGAAUCUCUACCAAGGGAGGCAUUGAGUACAGCCGCAUCAUGUGACGCCAGCCUGGCAGCCUCUACGCCCUGUGGAGACCACCUUCCUGUCCGUGUCACCUCUGCUGUCUUCUGCAAGGAGCUGACAGCCACCUGCCUGCCUGUUGGCCUGCCCCAGCUGCAGGUCAGGUGCUAUGCGGGCUCAGGCGCAGAGCAUGGGUCUUGUCUCCCGCAGGCUCCCCAGCUCCUUCCUGCUUCUGGAAACAUCUCUUCCAUGCAGUGCGCUGAUCCCACCUCCACACACACCGUCCCCGUCGCCUAGCAGAUGUGGCUGGAUUCACUAGGGAGAGUCCCGCUCCGGGCCUCUCCCCCCGUGCUGCCUGCAGCCCCUUCCUGUAAAGCUGACUGAGGAGAGACAAGUGCUGCGGCACCCUUAACUCAAGAUACAGAGGCUGCAAAAAUAGUGGGUACAGUAAAAGGAAUGCCAGGCCUUUGUCCUAGACCACCCAAAGAAGCCUGCAGGGGGGGAGGCCUGCAGGCCUCUGCUGCUGCUCCUCCACAAGAGGCUAGUGAGGGGUGGGCAGAGUGGAACUGGCUCUUCAUGAGAGCGUGGAGCUCCAGAGCUUGGUGCCUGUCACAGGUGGUUAGCUACCAAGGCCGCGCUCUGCCUCCCCGAGGCGGCCUGCUGCCUGCUUGCUGUGGUCCGAGGGGGUCGGCCUGCCUGCGGGAGCGAGGUGUGCUCUGUGCCGCUGGCCUGUGCUGGGAGCUGGGCUGAGCAAUGCCCACAAGGCUACCCGGAUCUUCUGCCUGCCCUUCUAUGAGCGGAGAGCUCUGAGGCCUAGCCAGGUCAGGUGGGAGGAGGAAGAGGCUGAGCACAGAGGUGCCACGGCUGCUGCAAACCGCAGGCGGUGGGCCGCUCCCCGCCCCCUCCGUGGGGUGAGUCAUGCGCACGUCACUCCUCCAACACCCCACCCUUCUACACCAAGCCGCUUGCUGCCAGUCCUGCCCAGCACUCCUGAAGAGGGUCCGCAUGGCCCCUCCCUCCACCAGCCUGAGGAGGAAGAGGGAGGAGCAGCUGGCCAAAUGGGGCAUCAGUGACUGAACGUUUCCCUCCCCAGCAUCUCCUGGCUCAUGGCUUCCAGGGAGCUGAAGCCAGCUCAGGCCUCCGUCUGACCUCACAGAGGGUAAGGCUCCUCACAAGGCAGGCAGGCCUGGCAGGAAAAGAAAAAAAAAACUGCAACAGUGCUGGCCAGCAGUGGCCAUCCUGCCGCCUGGUGUUACUGUGGGCCAAGAACCCAGCCCCAUGUCCUCGAAAUCAAUGGUGAUCGUGUGAUUUUCAUUUCUACUCUGUGGUCAGGGAAGAAUCUUCCAGAAGGUUCUUCCUUGGACAUUCACAAUCUAGCUCAGAGGCCUUGCCCUGCCUUCCCUCUUUCCUACCCCCUAAUCAACUACUGCAGCAUCCAGCCCAGUGUUGAACAGAUUGUAGUGUUUCGUCUCAUUACAAAAUAAACAGACCUUAGCUGGUCA